CAAAUACAACUUGUUUUCAAUUGGUGAGCGCUGUGAGUUGCUUGGUAGGUUGUCUUUUCUCCUACCAACCAGUAAGAAUGAAAGCAGCUGGCAUCUUGCUGACGACAAUUUGAAUGUGAAAAGACAUCUCUAUGCGUUUUACGCACCAGAGAUCGCUGUUUGAACAAAACUCGACUCACGAUAUUCAUUGGGCUCUGGCGAUUUCGUGGUGUCCGGUCAACAGCCCACGGUCGGAAGGAAUCGAAGUUGUCUAUUGUCUCUAAAUUCACACUUAUAUCAUUCACAGAUGUAGAGUGCCACUAAACAUGUCCUACGCUAAAAGGCUUGCGCUUCAUUCGGGCGUAAUUUGUGUUAUAUGGUGCGCUUUUCUACAACAGACCGUGAAGGCAACUGAAGGAUGCCCUGGUUUAAGAACAGAUUGUAAAGCGGGGAUUGUUUUGCCUGUAUGGGGAGGCAAUCCUUCUCUAGGAGUAAUUGUUGGGCGAGCGUUUGUGUAUUUGCUUGCCUUACUGUUUUUGUUUUUGGGCGUUUCAAUAAUCUCCGAUCGUUUCAUGUCGGCUAUUGAAAUAAUUACAUCCAAAGAGAAAGAAAUCAAGGUAACAGACAAGCAAACUGGAAAGGAGCGAACUGUCACCGUAAAAAUAUGGAACGAGACUGUGUCAAAUUUAACUCUCAUGGCCCUGGGAUCGUCGGCUCCCGAAAUUCUGCUGUCUGCCAUCGAAAUUUGUGGAAAUAAUUUUGACGCUGGCGAGCUCGGUCCGUCGACAAUAGUCGGUUCUGCAGCUUUCAACCUAUUGAUUAUCAUUGCAGUUUGUGUUUAUGUUAUUCCCGAUGGAGAUUGCCGCCGAAUCAAACAUCUGCGAGUGUUUGCCAUCACAGCCUCCACAUCAGUUCUUGCCUACGUUUGGUUGUACAUCAUACUAGCAGUGUCGUCUAAAGAUGAAGUGGAAAUAUGGGAGGCUCUUCUGACUCUGGCUUUCUUCCCAAUAAUGGUCAUCUCUGCCUACAUUGCAGAUCGAAGGCUGUUGUUUUACAGGGCACUGAGAAAGGGUAGAAGAAAACAGAAGCGUGGAGGUAUGACAGUCAUUCAAACAGGCGACUACGAUGUUGUUGGGGUUCAAGUAAAGGAUGGUUUUGUCGACGGAAACGUAGCCGAUGGUCGUUACGAACCUAGCGCCGCCGAAGCCGGACAACAGUUUGAUGAUGACGAGCUUCUCCAUGAUCUGACGGAAGACAGGCGCGAAAAGGCCAUUCAAGCCUUAAAAGACAUACGACAGAAACAUCCCGACGCCGACCGUGAAACCGUUGAGCGGUUACUCGAGCAAGAAAAUUUAAAACUUCAACCAAAAAGUCGUGCGUUCUAUCGAAUUGAAGCUACUCGCAAGAUGGUCGGCAGUGGAAAUGUGUUGAAGAUGAAGCACGAAAAAUUGGAGAAGGCCAGCAGUUCCUUGGCAGAUGCUAAGAUGGAAAUGCAAGAUAUCGAGUACGAAGACCCACAGGUUGUCAGGGUUAAUUUUGACCCCGUCCACUACAUUGUUAAAGAAAACUGUGGAAGUGUGUUUAUGAACAUUUCACGCACUAGCGGUGAUCCGAAUAACACGGUUUUCGUGGACUUCAGGACGGAGGACGGCACAGCAAAGGCUGGCGAGGACUACGAGAAGACAGAAGGUUCAAUCUGCUUCAGGCCUGGAGAAACUUCUAAGACAUUCUCGGUCGUUAUCGUUGACGACGAUAUCUUUGAAGAAGAUGAGCAUUUUUAUGUCCAUCUGGGGAAUGUUCGAGUAGCUGGAGCCGAUGGGGAUUUGGUCCGCAACAAAUAUCGAGGUCCUGCAGGAAAAGUUGGCAAAGACGGAGUAGCUACUGUAACCAUUCUGGACGAUGACUACCCUGGGAUAUUCACUUUCGAAGAAGAGAAGCAUCAAGUGGCGGAAGCAGAUGGAGCCAUUAACAUCAAAGUUAUUCGCCACACUGGUGCGCGCGGCACUGUUCGUGUUCCUUACCAUACUGUUGAGGGCACAGCUAAGGGAGGAGGAGAUGAUUACGAAGAUGCUGUGGGUGAGCUAGAGUUUUCAAACGACGAGACCUGGAAAAACAUUGAGAUCAAUGUCAUAGAUGAUGAAGAAUAUGAAAAGACAGAAACCUUUUAUGUUGUCCUUGGGGAACCAAAAGUUGUCAAAGAUGAGGAUGAUGACAGUGGAGCUAGUACUGAUGUAGGAUAUGAUCCAGAAAAGGAGCGUCUUGAAGAACUGGGGAAGCCAAGAUUAGGUGAUGUACCUAAGGCAGAGGUCACCAUAUUGGAAAGCAAAGAAUUCAAAAACACAGUGGACAAACUGCUGGUCAAAGCUAAUUUAGCUCUUGUUGUUGGUACCUCCUCCUGGAAGGAACAGUUCAUUGAUGCCCUGACUGUGAGUGGGAGUGGUGAUGAUGAUGACACUGAUGAGCCUACAACACCAACUUAUGGUGACUACAUGAUGCACUAUCUGACUGUCUUCUGGAAGCUUUUGUUUGCCAUUGUUCCACCCACAGACAUCUGGGGUGGCUGGGCUUGUUUUGUUGCUUCCAUUGUAAUGAUUGGUGUGUUAACAAUGGUCAUUGGUGAUGUAGCUUCCCACUUUGGUUGUACCAUUGGAUUAGCAGACAGUGUUGUUGCCAUAACCUUUGUUGCUCUUGGAACAAGUCUUCCAGAUACGUUUGCCAGCAAAGUUGCUGCAGUUGGGGAUGAGUAUGCAGAUUCAUCCAUUGGUAAUGUGACUGGUAGUAAUUCUGUCAAUGUCUUCCUUGGCCUGGGUGUGGCAUGGUCUAUUGCAGCAAUAGCUAAAACUGCAAGAGGUGUCAAAUUUGAAGUUCCUGCCGGUAGUCUUGGCUUUUCUGUAGUAAUAUUCUGUGUUACUGCUGUAAUAGCUAUAGCUGUUAUGAUGCUUCGUAGAAAUAAAAGAGUUGGGGGAGAAUUAGGGGGUACCAAAGCGUAUAAACUUCCAACAUCACUUUUCUUUUGUUUCCUUUGGAUAUUUUAUAUUGUCAUGUCUUCUUUACAAACAUAUUGUCAUAUUGAUGUGUCCUUUUAGGUUUUUUCCAAAUUAGGGAAAAAUGCUUUUUCUGUGUCAACUAAAAACUGCAACAAAGAAGAUCCUAUAAUAAUUAAAGACUCACAAAUAUCUUUGAUACAAGUAUCAGUCUGUAUUUUCAAAAUGCAAUUUUGGAGAUAGCAACAAAUAUUUCUGAAUUAUUAAAAGCCACAAUGGCUAACAAUAAUAUCAAUCAUGCAAAUCAAAGAAUGAAUGCCAUGCCUCAAUAUAUGUCAUAUUUAACACUCUAGAACUUAAAAAUAAUUCUCAAGAUAAGGAAUGCUGCAUUAUUACAUAUCCUAUUUAACUGCUCUAGAAUAGCAUUCUUCUUACCUUUCAUGAUAUAAGCGGAGGGUGAAGAAAGUAGUCAGAAAUAAAAAUCACCCUGAUAUCAAUGGGAAAAAGCAAUUUCCUGUGCACCCUUUUUCAAAACUAUAACUUGAACAUAGAAUUUUUCAUAUCUGGCCUGAGGUAUUUUGGUUUUCCAGUCUCUGUGUCUAACUCUUACUUUGCUCAGAAAUUAUAUCUGGAACAUUUUUUUCUCUCUCUUGUCUCUCUACUGGAAUUUGGGUUUUGCAUGAUGAUCAAUUUUAAAUAAAAUCAGUCUGAGCAGUCACUGCAGUUGUGAAGAAUGAGGAAGGCUUACAUUGAGAUGUUGCUUUGUCUCUCUGUAUGCCUGUUCCAUGUACAGCUGUACCUUUCUUCACAGCCGAGCAAACAGCAAUGUUAUGGUCACUGAGCAGUGAAAAUAACAUCAGUCGUUAGAUGGUAAUUUAUACAAGAUUUUCAGUUUAUAACAUCAACUAUGUGAGUACUUUAUUUUUAUUUAUUGUUUUAGCCUUUUCAACUUCUUGAAAUUAUAAUAGAGUACUGAAAUGAUAAUACUGAUAAUCAUUAACAUUUUAAUUAUGCAUUAUUCAACUAAGUUUGCCAUUUAUGGUGUUGUCAGUUACCAGUGUUUUAUGCUCAGAGGCAUGGUAUUUUAUAAUGAAGAAAAAUAUUUUCAAUGUAAAAUAGGGCAGGCCCCAAGCAUACCUAUUACAAAGGAUUCCACUAGAGUGUGAAUAGCAAACGUUUGAAGAAAUUUCAGAGAUCUCAGAUUUUAAAGCAUACAAGAAACUUUUCAAAUAAUAAUAAUAAUUCUAAGGUCCUUAGUUGUUUGGGAAAUUUUGCAUGGCAAUACUUAUCAGGUAAACUUAGGAAUUUAACUGUCAAUCAAUAUAUCAAAGUUUGUGGUAAGUUAGGGCAAUUGUUUCUUUGCAGGCUUUUAAGCUUUAUUAUUUUGACAUGCUCCAUCUAGUUCUGGACUGAUAAUGACAGUAUCCUGCUGCUGUCUUUGGUUUGUUUUUAUUUACAAUCCCAAAUAGCCACAGCAGAUGUAAGCACAAAAUUUCAAAAUUUAGUAGUCAGAGCACUAAAUAGUAUUUAUGGUAUAACACAAAAUAAUAUACAGUGUAUCACUUGAAGUCUCCAAGUAACAUUUACAGAAUGAACCAGAUCAGUUGGAAAUGGUAAGAAUUUAUCAGCUCCUUCCAUCUCUUUUACAGCAGUAUUUGACACUGUAAGAAAGUUAGUCUUUGAGAGAGUCAGCAUUUUGGUUCCUACCAAAAUGUUAUGGAUACAUUGAAGAUGAGGCUUGAAAAUCUAUUAGGACUGCACUCAUUGCAGUCCCACCCAAGAUGUUCAUACCUGAUGCAAGAUCAUUCAACUUGGAAAAAAUUCCUGACUCUUAAUGAUUUUCCAUUGGUUCACAGAUUGUUACUAUAGACUGCUGUAAUGAUGAACUGUUUUCAUGAGAUGUUAAAAGUAUUAUUUGGAAGAACUGUUGAAAUUGAUAAUAUUUAUGCCAGAUAGCUGCAGGACAUUUUGUAUCAUAAAAUAAGAUGUUUCCUUCCCAAAUAACUUUUGAAUUUACACCAAGCCUUUGGAUGCCUCUUGACUAUUAUAUUAACUGGUAGUAGUAAGCUGAUAAUGGGAAUUAAGUAAGCUGUUGCUAUUACUUUCAAGAUUUACAUGAUGUAAUGGUUGCAAAAGGCUGUUGGUGACAUGGUUAAGCUCACUAUUGGUAUUAUUAUUAUUAUUAUUAUUAUUAUUAUUAUUAUUAUUAUUAUAUUGAUAUUAUUAUCAUUGCUGUUUUAUAAGUCAUUACGUUUCUUUGACCAUUUUAAAUAAUAACAUGCACAGAUGUUUUAGGAAACCUUUAUAUAACAGGUCAAAGUGAAGUUAAUUUUCCAUUUAUAUUUGUUAAUAUUUCUUGGGUAAAUUUAUGGCACCUCAAUUUUGUAGGUACUCAUGUUUAGGAGGUAUCCACUGUCUGCAACUGCUCAGAAUAUUAUGCAUGUUUUGGUGCAAGCCGUAAAAAUCAAAGGGAAGGACAAUCACAACUUUAAAAUAUGUGCAAUUAGGUGUAUAAAUAUGUCAUUAUGCAGUUUGGCUGUGCAAAAAUACUACUGUAUUAUGUAGUGAAGUGCAACUAUUAUAACGUACAACUAUUGCUAUUUUCUAUUAGGUAUUCAAAAGCAUAAUUUAUUUCAUUUAAGUCAUAUGUUAUAGGCAAAGGACACCUAUUUUAAUGAUAAAGCCCUUCCAGACUUUUUACAGCAAUAUUAAUGUAAGCCCUUGCAUAGUUAACAUUUAAUUGUUCCCUCUAUUAACUAUGGCCCUUGCUGAAACACUUAACUACAUGGUGUCUUGUUAGAAAGGUUAUAUAAACAAGACAAAAGGCAGCCAAAAGGUGACUUACUUUGUAGGGAAUAGUUUAGGGAAAAUAGAAUUUUGAAAGAUUCUCUCAGACAUUACCAAUGUUUCUUGAAAGUAUUAUAUGAGAGCUUAAAAUAAACAUGUUGAAAGAUG